AUGGAAAUGGAGAAAGAAAUCUCUAAAACUGGGCAAAGAGGUGGCAGAACAGCGAGGAAUGACGUGAGCUUCAACAACAUUCCGCUACCACCGGCGUCGCCACCGUUACCAUUCGUAAAUUACCCAGGUGACAUAGGCUUGGCGCCUUACCGGCUGUCGGAACUGGAAAUCAGAAUGAUGAUGUCACGGUUGCGUCACUCUGACAUGUUAACGGACCUGCACCACCAUCAGGAACUCAUAGACCGCCAGUACACGGUGCUUUCUUACAUGGAAGAGACCGCCAAGGAAGCGCAAGCGUUGCGCCAAGAGAAUAUCAGUCUAAAAAUGAUCAAUGCCGAGUUGACGAAUCGACUGAGCGUAUUGCUGAGAGCAACUUCGGAGUAUGCUGCGUCUGUUGAGUUGUCGGGUCUGGGGCUUGGUCCGGGUUCUGAUAUGAGUUCAGUGUUGCAUGGAUUGGACAAGAUGAAUUUGGGGGACGGGGCUAACGAAGACAGGAGAAACAGGGGAGAUGAUGUGGAGGGUGCUGGGGAGGAUACCAGUCAGGACACCACGGUGGAUACGGAUCUGGCUGAAGGAAGUGAGAAUGAUGAAGUGAAUCGGGUUUCCUUGCCAAAAAGUAUCUCUGUUCGGUCUGAUAGGAAAUUGAAGACUGUUCAAACUGGUGGAAGCAGCGAAGGGCAGAUAUAUAAGCAAAGGGUGUAUGUUCCAGGAAGGGAAAAGGAGAAGCAAGCUGUUGAGCUGGAGGUCUACAAUCAGGGAAUGUUCAAAACCGAGUUGUGUAACAAAUGGCAAGAGACCGGGGAAUGUCCCUAUGGAGAGAACUGCCAAUUUGCUCAUGGAAUUAAGGAGCUGCGCCCUGUACUUCGCCACCCAAGGUACAAGACUGAGGUAUGCCGCAUGGUGUUGAACGGUGAUCACUGCCCUUAUGGACACCGAUGCCACUUCCGCCACACCCUCACUGAUGAGGAGAAGCUCAUCAGGUCCAUGAAUAUCAGGCCCCUAAAGCCACUCAAUCGUUAGGUCCAUGAUUAUAACUCCCCUAAAUGAUGUUGGACAAUUGCAGAAGUCUUGGCUGGUAUGCAACGGUGUUUUUGUUCUUCAAAGUAAGCAAAAGAUUAAUAGGCAAUAAGGCUAAGGUCCACUGAUGUGAUAAUACAAACUGCUUGAUUAAAAAAAAAACUGUAUGAUCCGUAGUCAAGGAGAUUAAUGGUACCAUUUCUCGGCAGUGCACCUUUGAUGAGUUAGUGUGCACUGUUUACGUGGUUGUUUUUAGUUCAUGAAACGAAGGAGCAAUAAGAAGCAAAUGAUAGAGAUCUUUUUGGAUUGUGAUAUGCACACGGCU